GGUAACAAAACAAUCACAAUGAACACAAUAAAUACAUGGUAAGAUAAAAACAACUGCCUAAUUCAUUAGGUAUUUCGGUCAAGGUUACCAUAACUAUGAGAUCUCUGCCAUUGGCCUUACAACUGGACAUCGUAAGCGUGGGAGGGUGUGGGUAGUUAUGUUGCAUGUUAUUUAACUAUCUUUUAUUGAUAGCUCAUCAAAAUUGCGUCAAAUGCCUGUUAUGUACAUUAUUAGAUUUUAUUAGGUAGGUACGAGUGUGACUAACUCAUGACAUGACAUCAGACAUCUUAUGGUAUUUUAGGUUCAUCUUACAUUAUACACCAACCUAUAUACAAAAGAAGGGUGUUAUAAGUCUGCCAUCAUGUCUAUCAGUGAUAGGGUUUUUUAGAUGUCGCAUGUCGGUGUGGUUAUCUCAGAUGUUAUAAAUAUGUACUAAAUAAUUCCGUCGGGUAAAUUAAAAUACAAGUACUACCUUAUAACAACCAUCACUUCUUAUUUUUUAAGCCUCAAUUAAGUAUUCAAACUUACUACCUGCCUAUAGGUAUAGUCCCUAGUACUGAGUGGUACUGACCAGGCCUCCUUCAAUAGAACUUUUAAAUUAAUAAAGCAUGGGAAAUCCCGCUGACCCGCACGAUAACAAACAGGAAAAGAAAAACAAAACAAUGUUAUGCUCAUGAGAUGCGUCAAGUACCAGGGACGCAGAGCUUGCGCGGAUGUGAGUUCAAUGUUAGUAAGACUGGAGCGCCCCAACCGGCGGUGUAGCGAAACCAUUUUUUCUUAAAUUUUAUCAGUUUUAUUAGUGUUGAACGAACACGUUUGAAUUAAAAGUUUAGUUGUGAAUGUUGUGAUAACAUUGUGGACUUAUAAAUAUCAAAUAGAAAUAUGAGAAGUACCUAUCAGUAGAUAAAAAAGUUUUUGUGGUAGGUAACCUAAGUAGAAAAAACUGUGUUUUUGUGCGUGACAAAAGUUUUAGAAUAAGAACAAAGUGUCAAUUUGUAAUGUUCACAAUGCCUAAAGUAAUAAUCGCCAGUUUUGCUUAUAUAGUAGGUGUGUUUGUCCUGUGUGCUGGGCUAGAAACAAGUCCAACCUGUUCCAACAUCGAAGGACCUACUCCAGGUGAAUUCAUAAUACAAAGAGGUAUCGUACCGGACAAUGAUUCAGCCACCACAGUAAGCUUCCGAGGCUGCCGAAUAUCUGACAUUCAGCCGAGAGCAUUCCAUGGGCUACCUUCCCUGCAAUACAUAGACUUAUCAAGAAAUAGCAUUAAAAACCUGAAACUUGGCAUUCUUAAUGACGUCACUAGACUCACUCAUCUGAACUUGUCUUAUAACUUCAUCAGCGAUUUAGAAGAGAGUUUGUUCAACCAAUCGUCAAGGUUGGAGGUGUUGGAUCUCCGGUGGAAUAAGAUUGAAGUUAUGAAAGUGGGCGUUUUCAGUCCAUUGAAGAGAUUGAAGUAUUUGGAUCUGUCCGACAACGAAAUAGUUGGGGCCAGGCUGAGCCCCGCUAUGUUUGAUUCCUGUAAAGCGCUAUCCACUAUCAAUUUUUCAAGAAAUGAUAUGUCUGGUGCUCCCCCUAAUUUGCUUCGAGCUGUGGAGGUACUGGACACACUGAAACUGGAUGGGUGCUUUUUGAAACAAGUUCCGGAAUUUGCUACGAGGAGCAAUACCGGCACAAUGAAGAAACUCCUUUUAUCAUCGAACCAAGUGAGCACUGUGAAACUUACUACGUUCAUCAGUUUAACAAACCUGGAGGAACUAGAUUUGAGUUCGAAUGUAAUUUCAGAAUUGCAUGAAGACGUAUUCAAGCCAUUAAAAAACUUGAAAAUUAUUAUUUUACGAUCGAACCGACUGGAGAAAAUUCCUGAUAAGUUGUUUUAUAAUAUGUUACGAUUAAGGAAGGUAGAUUUAUCUUUUAAUUCUUUGAUGCUAAUACCUGUGAAUGCCUUUCGUUUUACGACAGUAGAAAUGUUGAAUAUAUCACAUAAUAAGUUCACAUAUUUAGUUGAUAACUUCUGUUUGGAACUUAGAAACUCGGGAGUGAAACUGAAAAAGUUUUAUUUCAAUAGUAAUCCCUGGCAGUGUCCUUGCUUGAGGGAUUUAUUAAAGGAAAUGAAAACGUAUAAAAUAUCGUACAAUAAUGCUAAAUACGAUGGUAAAAAUGCAGUUUGUAUUUCAGGAGACAUUAUUAAUACUUGCUUGAGACAACCUGAUGUCAAUGAACACUUCAAUGAUUUGUACUAUUCUGACUAAGUAGAUUACUUUUAUCAUUGACAAAACAUCCAGUUUUAUAUUCAAUUCAUUCACAUAAGUCUGAAAGGGAUGAUCAAUCGAUUUAAUCACUCCAAAUCGCCAUCUACCGGUAUAGAUCUGUAUUAAAAGAAUAUCAAACUAUCGACCACACCGCGCUCUCUGUUACUGAGCUUACAAUACUUUGUUUUAGUUCUACAAAUUAGGAUAAGAUGGCUCUGCAGUAAAUUUUUAAAGCGAUUGAAAUUCAAUUGUGAUGAGUGUUGUUUAUUCAUUACACGAUUUACUCAUACUAUUAUUAUUAAGAGAAUUGUGAUGUAAAACUAGGUAUUAAUCGAUAUACAGAUAGAUAGAUAUCAUAAUCAUAAUCAUUUAUUCAUUGCAACUAUGUUGGUGUUAUACUGUUCUUAAAUCUAUGUACAUAUAAGUAUCCUUAACAUAGCUCCCUGCAGGGCUAAAUCGUAUUCGUAUUUAAAAUAAUUGCUAACUAGUUGUUUGGUCCGAGAAUAGAAUUUUAUUUGUUUUGUAUUUUUGACUGUAUAGUGUCAAUAGUGUAUUUAUAAUCGUUUCAGCUUUUGUAUUAUU